GGUGAUGGACCAGUGAAAGUUACUGGAAAAAUCAGUGGCUUGGCUGAUGGAGAACAUGGCUUCCAUGUCCAUGAAUUUGGGGACAAUACAAAUGGGUGUACCAGUGCAGGUUCUCACUUCAAUCCUGAAGGCAAGCAGCAUGGUGGACCAAAAGAUGCAGAAAGGCACGUGGGAGACCUUGGCAAUGUGAGUGCUAAAGGAGGAGUGGCAGAAGUGGAAAUAGAAGAUCCCAUCAUUUCUCUUAGUGGACCACAUAGCGUCAUUGGACGUACCAUGGUGGUCCAUGAAAAAUGCGAUGACCUGGGUAGAGGGGGAGAUAAUGAGAGCAAAUUAACUGGAAAUGCUGGCCCUCGUUUAGCUUGUGGUGUAAUUGGAAUAGCAAAGAGCUAAGUAUUGUACCUGAAAUGCUUAAGAUGACAGUGAUAAAUGGGCUGUAUUUCAUUGCAAAUGCUGUCCUUGCCCUUCCUUGUGCAAGCAAAACAUUUAUCACUUAAUCUCAUUACUACUCUGCAUUCUGAGCAUCACUUAAACUGGUGAAAACUGACUUAAUUUUGUAUGAUGUAUAUUGGAAUUAAAGUGACCCUGAUGGAA